CCCGGUGAUGGAGCCUCGCCCGGAUGGCCAAGGCUAGCAACAGCGGCGGCAGCGUCGUGGGGAUUGCGGGGGGAUGCGGGGAGCUGUCCCUGGAGGAGGUGCUGAAAUCCUACGAGCAGCCCAUCAAUGAGGAGCAGGCGUGGGCCGUGUGCUACCAGUGUGCCCGGGGACUGGCACAGAGCUCCCCGGGACCCAGGGCCAGGAUACGGGACCCGUCAUCUCUGCUACUCCACCGGGAUGGCAUGGUCACAGUGGUGUCGGAUCCGCAGGGCGCACCGGAAGUACUCAUUUUCUGGGUGUCUAGUACGCGGAGCUCCCAGAAUGUGAAGUCCCAGAUUAUAUGGGGGCUCCUUCCAGCAUCUGAAUUCAGAAUGUCUUCAUUGAUUUUACAGAAAAUGCAGCAGGAGGAUGUCUGA